AUGGAGACUCCAGAGAACUCUAGUAUUUCCAAACUAAAUAAUUCACAGGAUUGCCAAGAAUCGACAGAACUCGCAGAGUCCAUUCAUCACCUUGAGGAAAAAGAAGGUUCACCAUCAAUGAAUAACUAUGAAAAAGCAAAGAGUCUAAAUAUCAACUUAAAACAGAAGAAAAUGAAAGUUGGAUUUCAAGCUCCUAAAAAGACAUCAGCAGAAAUGGAAUCAGAUGAAAGUUUGAAGAAUGACAAGGAUGUAAAAUCAGAAAAGAAGAAGCCCAAGAAAUCUGGAGAAACACAGGAAGGUGAUGAAUCAAAAGAAGUGAAGCCGAAAAAAUCAAAGAAAUCAGUUACAAAACAGAAAAAUUGUGCUGAUAAACAGAAAGAUCCUGUAAAACUUAAAAAGUCCAAGAUACCAAAUGUGGCUCACAGUGUUCAAGCUCCCCCGUCAAAUAAUUCAAUUCAGACUCCUGCUUCAACUGACUGUAGUAAAGAUAGCAUUGCUACAGAAGUCAAAGGAAAAGGACAGAAAAAAACUGAGAAGAAAGAUGACUGUACACCAGCCAAAUCUUUGUCUGAUGAAGAGUGGGAGCAACUCUUUCAGUCUGCAAUUAAUAGAGUCAGGAGCACACCAUCAGAACAAUUAUUCAAACAAGAUGAAGAGCCAGAACAAAAUGUGGUCUCAUUGAAUGAGAAUGAGGUGCAAAAUAAUCAUGAACAGAAUGAAGUUGAGGAUAGCAAAUGUAGGGAUGCUGAUUUAGAAGAUGACAGUGGUGUAAAAGUCAGUAUAUCCAAGCCUGAAGUUGUGGGCCCAGAACAGAUUCAGGAGAACUCCGGGAACCAUGAUUUACCUGUUGUAAAUGAACACAUACAGAUGAUAGAGUGUGAACAAGUGCAAGAAUUGAAUGAGAAUACACCUGAAGGUAGUGAAUUGGAAUUCAAUGGUGAAGAAGAUAAGAAACAUCAACACACACCGGUGGUCCAAUUGAAAAAAGCUAUAAAAAAGGCUGACAGGAGCAGUGCUGCAAAAAUUCUAGCACCAAGACAACUACAGUUUCCAAAACCAACAGAAGAUUGUGAAAAGCCAAGAAAAAAGAAAGACUGCAAAGAAAUUGAAAAUGAAGAGAAGAAAACUUCAGAUGAGAUCAGGAAGAAAGAAAAAGGGGAAAAAAUCCUAAAGAAUGAAAACGACAAAGAUUAUACUCCUAAAAGUAAAAAACAAAUGUUGAUGGAGAGAGAAAUUGAAGAAACAGGGACAUGGGUACAAUGCUCCAAAACCACUUGCCACAAGUGGAGAUUACUUCAGGAUAUCAAUGACCCUACUGAAAUUGAUGAAAGGUGGACCUGUGAUAUGAACAAAGACUCAACCUACAACAGCUGUGAAAAGGCAGAGCAGGAUUAUGAUGAAUCUGAACACUUCUACACUAAAUAUUCUGAGGGGAGCAUUGUGUGGGCCAGGAUGGUUGGUUAUCCAUGGUGGCCAGCUAUGGUGGAGAUUGAUCCAGACACAGAAACAUUCUUCGAACUUGUAUCAGAAAACAGCAUGUUUCCAAGUCACUACCAUGUAGUAUACCUAGACAACAAAGUUUCCCGUGCAUGGGUGAAAGCUUCAGCAAUUCUACCUUUCCACCACAGAGGUGAAGACUUAAACAAGAGCCUCUAUUUGACUAAGAGAUCAAAAGGACCAAACUUCAAGAAAGAAAUUGAUGCAGCAACACAGAAUGCAUUAUCUGCUCUUGAACUCCCUACAAAGGAGAGACUGAAACAGUUUGGUUUCAGUGUUCGUUAUAAAGGCAAGUGGGGUGAGGAUGAGGUGAAAAGCAAAAAAAUAAGGAAGCAUUGCAGAGUUAAGUUGACCCCAAAGAACAGCAAAAAGAAGCUCAAGAAACCUAAGGAACACACCACAGGCAAACAGCAAGAGCUAGUCAUGUACAUGUUGGACUCCUCCACUGUGGAUGAGAUGCUAUCUGAGGAACCAGAAUCUGUCCUGAAGGGAAUAGAAGAGGUGUUAGAUUCCCUUGGAAGUGAGAUACUGAGUGAUGUUAAUGACUUUGUUCCAACAAUAUCUGAAGACAAGAUGUUCACAGAGUCUACUGAGACCAGAAAGGAUGUUUCUCCUUUAAAGAAACCUAAAGGAAUAAAAAGGAAAUCCACAUGCAAUGAAGGAGGGACAAAAGUCUCUAAGAAAUCUGGAAAACAGAAAGAUGAAGAUGUGUACGGAAAGACAUUAGAAGAAAGGAAAGGAAAGGUGAAAACGAUCAAAAGACGGAAAGUCAAAAAUGCUGAAAAUAAUGGCAAUUUCCCAGUUGAAAAUGCAGAAAUGAAAACUAAUGAUUGUAGUCUUUCAAAAAGUGAUGCUUGUGAUACCAUAAAUACAGUUUCAGCAAGGGAAAAUCAUCUCGCAAUGAAGUUUGAUAGUGAUAUAUUUACUAUGGAAUUAAAUGAUGAAGAAGUAGAAAAUCCUCCUAACGGCAGACAGAAGAGUAAUUAUGUAGCAAGCAAUCCCCCUUUCACACCCGAGAGAAAGUAUAAAUCUGAAGCAGUAGCAAAGCCAAAGAAAAAGAAAACAAAGAAAAAUCUUUUUGCAGUUCCAGAGACAAUUUCUAAUGGGAAAGCACUGGGUGAAUGUACCAAAAACAGUCCUGAUGAAACAGUAUUUCAAAACAAAUCAUUUACAAAGAAUGCUUCUUCAUCUAAUAAGGAGGAUUUGUUAGAAAACAAAACACUUGAGGCAACAGAAAUAACCUCAGAAGAAAUUCCAUCACAGAAUAAUGAAAAGUGUACGAAGAAAGAUGAUGGUAAAGUUGUACAAAAAAAAAUGCCUCAAAAAAAGAAAGCAUGUUCAAAAAAAGUCUCAUUUUCAGCACCUGCUACAGUGACAGUGGAACUUAAGACAGAAAUUUCACCUGUGAACAAUGACAAUAAUCUUUUGCCCUGUAAUGAUGAACAAACAGUACCAGAUAUUCACUCACAAGAAUCAGAUGAAGAAAAUGGAUUAUUACUAGACCUACCUGUAUGUGAGAACAAUUCUGAAAUACAAGAAAUCAAAAUAACAUCUGUAUCUACAUUGCCUGCAGCAGUUGACACUGAAGAUAUGUAUGACUCUGACCCCUUUGAUUUAAUGGAGGAGUAA